CUGAAGUUUAACGGGCCAAUGAACAUCCUGCGUCUCAACAACCUGAUGGCCAGUAAAAUCUGGACUCCAGACACUUUCUUUCACAACGGCAAGAAAUCUGUGGCUCACAACAUGACCAUGCCCAACAAACUACUGCGGAUUAUGGAGAAUGGCACUCUACUGUACACCAUGAGGUUGACAGUGCAAGCUGAAUGCCCAAUGCAUCUUGAAGACUUUCCAAUGGACUUCCAUUCCUGUCCGCUUAAAUUUGGCAGCUAUGCUUACACUCUGACAGAGGUGACGUAUGUUUGGACUCGUAAUGCCACCUUAUCGGUGGAAGUAGCUCCAGAUGGAUCUAGACUUAACCAGUAUGACUUAACGGGACAUACUGUUGGCAAAGAAACCAUCAAGUCCAGUACUGGUGAAUAUACAGUGAUGACUGCCCAUUUCCAUCUGAAGAGGAAGAUUGGGUACUUUGUGAUCCAGACGUACCUGCCUUGCAUAAUGACCGUCAUCUUAUCCCAAGUCUCUUUUUGGCUCAAUCGAGAGUCUGUCCCCGCACGCACAGUUUUUGGUGUGACUACAGUGCUAACGAUGACCACUCUGAGUAUCAGCGCUCGAAACUCUUUACCAAAGGUGGCCUACGCCACAGCCAUGGACUGGUUCAUUGCUGUGUGCUACGCAUUUGUUUUCUCUGCUCUCAUCGAGUUUGCCACAGUAAACUACUUCACCAAGCGCGGCUGGGCCUGGGAUGGCAAGAGCAUUGUCAGUGAUAAGAAAAAGGAAACUUCCGUUAUUAAAAAGAAUAACGCAUAUGCAGUCGCUGUGGCAAACUACGCGCCCCACAUUGCGAAGGACUCAGCUCUGCCCACUGUCUCUAAAAGCGCCACAGCGGAGCCCAGUAAAGCUCAGCCAGUGGCUAAAGAGGCACUGAAGACCUUCAACAGCGUCAGCAAGAUUGACCGUAUGUCCCGCAUUAUCUUUCCAGUGCUUUUUGGCAGUUUUAACUUGGUUUAUUGGGCCACAUAUCUCAACAGAGAGCCUGUUAUUAAGAACAUGGUGCCCUCCCAGUGAGCCAUUAGCUAUUGCACAUACAAUCAUCCCUCUAUACUAUUAAAUUAUAAUAGCAGUUUUUGUACAAAUUCUUCAGUGUACUUUUGACGUUUCUGUAUGGCAGCAU